AUUCGAACAGCACUUUCCAGAUGUUCUCAGGGCAGCUGGAAAACCGUAAAUGGAUUGUUUGGUUCAGGAAUAUUGCUGAUCUGUUUAGGACACGGCAGUUUGACAUCUACAGGAAGGUGCCAAAAGACCUUACACAGCCAACCUACACAGGGGCCAUUAUCUCUGUCUGCUGCUGUCUCUUCAUACUGUUUCUCUUCCUGUCUGAGCUCACCGGAUUCAUAGCCACUGAAAUAGUUAAUGAGCUCUAUGUGGAUGACCCAGACAAAGACAGUGGAGGUAAAAUAGAAGUGAAUUUGAACAUCAGUUUGCCAAACCUGCAUUGUGAAUUGGUUGGACUAGACAUCCAAGAUGAAAUGGGAAGGCACGAAGUGGGUCAUAUUGACAACUCAAUGAAGAUCCCUCUCAAUAACGGGGAUGGCUGCAGGUUUGAGGGCCAUUUCAGCAUCAACAAGGUCCCCGGUAACUUUCACGUGUCGACGCACAGCGCCACUGCACAGCCCCAGAACCCCGACAUGACUCACGUCAUCCACAAGCUCUCCUUUGGGGACAAGUUACAGGUCCAUAACGUUCACGGAGCAUUCAAUGCCUUGGAGGGAGCAGACAAGCUCAGCUCAAAUCCCCUUGCAUCUCACGAUUAUAUACUGAAGAUAGUCCCGACGGUGUACGAAGACAUGAGCGGGAAGCAGCGAUACUCCUACCAAUACACAGUGGCAAACAAGGAGUACGUAGCCUACAGCCACACUGGCCGCAUUAUCCCAGCCAUCUGGUUUCGUUACGACUUGAGCCCCAUCACAGUGAAAUACACAGAGAGGCGACAGCCUUUGUACAGGUUUAUCACAUCGAUAUGUGCCAUCAUUGGAGGAACAUUUACUGUAGCUGGGAUCCUUGACUCCUGCAUUUUCACAGCAUCAGAGGCCUGGAAGAAGAUCCAGCUGGGGAAAAUGCAGUAGCAGUGAAACUCUACCCUCGUCUCAAAGGACAGGAGAAAAGAUAGAGAAAUCUACCACUACCUGUUUUUGUCUUUAUUUUCUAUUUGAUUGAAUCAGUAUGUUUUUCUCUAAUCAGGCUGUUCAGUGAAGAUGUCUUCAACAAAUCAAAAAAAUUUCAUGCAUUUCAGAGCUCUGAGAGGGAAAAAUCAGUGGAAUCAGGGUAUGGAUUUCGAUUCCCUCCCCCAGAAAGAGAGGUUGAAAUGCCAAAUAUGAAAUACGCCAUCAGCUCUAAAUAAGGACGGCAGUGUGUUCUCUGGGAGGUUCCUAUGGCAGUGUACAAACUAGGUAGUACUUUGCAAAGAGUUGAACUGUCUUGUGGCACUUUUUGGAGUUCUGUUGGAUUUGCAUGAUUAGACAAUCGACUUUUGUAUAGGGCAAAAAUUAUACAUUAGGAAGAAAUUCCACCCAUGGUGCCAAAAAGGUGAUGUAUCUGUUGGUGAGGAAUGGAAAGUGUUAGUCCCCAUGGCAAACUUAAGAGACAGAGGGCAUAAAUAACAUCAGGAAAUGUUUUGUGCUUUUAUUGAAAGCUCAGUUGUUCAGAUAGAACCUUUCAAUGAAGUGAACAAACGAGAAGAGGAAGCCUUCUCCCAGCUACCUUUUCGUGGGUAACCUGUGAUCCCAGCAGUGGAGGGCAUUUCUUUUACUCUGGAUUUAAAAGUGGUUUCAUUUCUUCCCAGAAACUGAAUAUCCAGUCUUGUGUUUACAGGUGGCAUGAAGUAAAAACCAAACUGAGCAACACAGUUUUAUGUGGCCUUUGCUUUGAAAGGGAAUUGUUGUCUUUACAGCAUAAGCUUUUUUUUUUUUCUUAUGUUUUUAAACACAGACCACCCAACAGUCUGGAUUCUCCACUUCUGCUUUAUUAUUAUUGCUGUUGUUUUGUUGAAAGAGGUAGUAUAUUCUCUGUGCUCAGAAAAAUGGUGCAGCCUUCUGGGUGGAUGAGCACAGCUUCCUUCUUGCAUUAUGUGUGUAUAUUCAGUACACCUGUCAAACACAGGAAAUCUGACUUUCCAGGAUUUAAGGUGCCUCCCUUUUCCUUAAAAACUCAGUCAGGAAUCUUUUCUGAGCCCUGGGCUGACACUGUUCUCCCACAGGUACAGCAGUAGCAGGGCAGCAUUCCCACAGGCUGGCCCCUGCUUGGAGUUUUGUUCUAUUGCUUAAAAUGGUACCUGAGCUCCCCUGUCCAUUCCUUCAAGCCUUGUCUUCUGGGGUCUCCAAUAAAUGGAGGCGUGAGGGGAAAACUGCUGCCAGAUGUGACUUGCAUGUCAUGGUGGACAUGAGUUCACUAAAAUUAGACCAAAUGCCCACCAGUGCUUUUUCCAUGACCCCAUCCAUGUUCCUUGAGUAGUAACAGUCUCCGCAUGCGUUGUAAAUGUCUGAGCUGAGGACACGCAAAUUUUAAGUGUUCCAGGAUGGAUAUAAAUCAUAAAAUAAAAAUCCUUAACUCAAUGCUGUAAAUUCUAAGAUGGUUGCAGGGUUUCUCUUUGAUAAUAUCUACUGCCCCCUUUUCCUGGAGGCAAACAUUAUGCUGUAAUGAUAUGAAUCCUUGAAUAUUCAGUGUUAUUGUUAGAGUCAGAUGCAUUUCAAAACAAUUUUAAUACGUGUCUGUUGAAAUUGUCUCAUUGCUGUGGAAGUAGGGAAGGUGUAGCCAGUUUUAUCCAUGCACCAAGAAGAAGCAGCCAAUCAUCUGCCCUGUAGUGACUUGGGACAAACGACAGCAUUGGAAUUUUUCCUUGUUCUUAUUCUGGACUGAUUGCUAUGACUAUAGUUGUAAAUUGGAUUGUGUAACUUCCUGUAUCUGUUCAUGUAUGGAUAGAUUUUAUACAUUUUUUUUCCAUUUACAAAAAUCAACUUGAAAACGAGAUGCUUGUCUUCAUUUGGGGGGUUUGUCCGUGUGCCUGCGACUGGUACCCACCAGGUGGCCAGGAUUUUCCAUGGCAGCUGCCUGAAGGAUUCCCUCUAAUCCACUGUGACCAGUUGAAGCUUACAGCAAAAAUGUCCUGGUUUUUCCUUUUGGAUUUGGUGAGUCUUUGCUCACAGCUUGUGAACCCAGUGGAUUACAAAGAUGGGAUUUAUAAUAUCCAAGUCAUGCAUCCUUCUCCUGAGCUGGGCCAGGGGAGAUCUUUGCAGUGCAGUGGAUUGUACCAAUCAUUUUCUGAAGUUUCUCUCCCGGUACAAUUUCUUAGACAGAAACAAGUGAAGGUGGUUGCAGAUUCCUUGUGUCCCCUGGUGUGUUAUUUCUGUCCUUCCCCCCACUCCCUGUCUGUGUUAAACUGCCUUCUGUGCAGUCCAGGCCAAUUCUCUAAACCAAACCAGUGAAGUUAUUUGGCUUUUUUUUUGUUUUUAAACAACAGACAUGUGCCUGCUUUCUCUGCCAAAAUAUCCCCUGCAAUAACCUCAUAAAUCACUUUUUUUUUUUGCUAGAUGUGAAAACCAAAUUGUAUUCAAGUUCUGGCAGAACUUGGCUGAAGAAACAGUCUGUACCUUGGUUCUCUAAACCAGGUCUAAGCCUUUGAGUGCUGCCAAGCCAAGGCCACUUUCUGGGGCUGUUGGAAGUUGUGAUGAGCUUGUCCUUCAGACGUGGGUCACACAAUGGUACUGAAUCAUGUGUUUACAGAAGAAUCUGCUCUUCAUCUCUCCAAAUGUGAAAGUGAGGCAGUUACAGCCUCUGCCUCCAUGUCUCAGUAGAUUUCAUUUUUAUUUUCAACUUUCUAGAGACAAAAUGAGCUUAGUUAUGCUUUUAAACAUCAUUGCAAACAAAACCAAUUUCAGGUCAUAGUCGAAGGGAACCACUGAUCAUAGGUGCUCAUCCCUGUUCCUGACUUUGCUCUUUCAGGUCAGUGUUUUGAUAGAAAUAUUUGGAUUUCCAAGAAAGACAUCCCUGUGGGAAGUAAAAUAUUUGGAACUUCCAGUUUAAAUUAAUUUAAUUUCAUUUAAAUUUCCUCUAACUCUAGACUCCAUCCCAUGGUGAGAGCUUGAGGCAUAGGAUCGUUUCCAAGGUGGAGUUAAGACUUUUAGAUCUAUGGAAAGUGUGCUUAGAUGUGUUCUAGGCAGUAUUGGACUGCUAGAGAUGAUUUUUAAAGAAAAUAAACAGGGUACAAAAAUUUGGAAGAGAUGCACUUGUGAACAUUCGAUCUGGUUUCUCAAAUACUUGUGUUCAACUACGGUGCUGUAAAACAUGAAAUCUGCAGUUUUGGUGGCCAGUUAUCAAUUCCUGAAUAUUUCUCAUUUAAAGUUGUUCUCUGUUUGUGUGACACACAGAGUGUUGGGUCUGACAAUGACUGUGUUGAGUCUCUGCUUUAGAAUAGUCCUUUGAAGUUGCAGAUUGAGGAUGUCAGUGAGGUGUUUUCCCCUUGGAAGGUAAGAGGAGGGGGCAGGGGCGGAGGACUCAGCCCUGCAGUGUGUUACGCUGAUGUUCAAAGCACAAGUCUUUUACAUUUCUACAGUGGAGACUGUUGAGGAGUUCUGGAAUUUGUUUUUUAAUUUGCAACCUUAUGUUAAUAAAAUAUUAGCCUUUUUAGUUCUGUGAUUAAAAUAAAACUCUUA